GAAGGGCCAGAGGCGGGGUUGUUUGGUGUCACCAGGAAGAGCUGAAGCAGGGGGAGCAGGAUGGCAGCUCGCUAUUGGGAGAAGCUGGAGGAUCUGAUCCGAAGGUACAAGGAGUUCGUCGUCCACAACCCCACCGGGGCCACCCAGCUGGAGAGCGCAGUGCGCAUGCUGUCCUACCUGAUCGCAGGACGAUUCACGGAUUCCCAUGAGCUGUCUGAGCUGAUUUAUUCAUCUUCCAAUCUCCUGGCCUUACUGAAUGACGGGAUCCUGAGGAAGGAGCUGCUGAAGCCUCCUCUUACUGAUGAACCCCGGCAGCGUCUUCUCAACUGGCUCAGCAUCUUGGAAAGUCUAGAGGUCUUCCUCGAAAUUGGAUCGGCGAGGGUUUGGGGCGAUGGGACAAAAUGGGCCGCUAUUCUACUUAUCCAGCUGCUCAAGGCCUGUCUACGUUUAGUGCUUCUCUUCUGGUAUAAAUCCGGCAUACAGAAUUGUCCUCCUAUUGCUCCUCUGGACCGAGAAGGCGUCCUGAAUCACACAGGAGAAGAAGACCCUGGCAAACCGGACACCUGCUUUGUAGGGAAGCGUUCAAGACGUUGUGUCCGGACUCUAAAUUAUACUCCCUCUGGCCGCAGUCGGUUUUGGCGAAGCCCUCAGGGUCUAGAUGGAAAGCAGAGGAACGGUCUCGGUGACGGCAAUGCAUCAUCCAGCGACCUGGGGACUCUGGGCACUAUGGCAGAAGCAGUUCACAUACUGCGCCCCAUCACUCACUUGACAGGCUUGGCUGUAUGGGGUCAGAAGUCCUGGAAGCCGUGGCUCCUGGCGGCUGCCGUGGAUGUUGGCAGCUUGUCCAUAUUACGUGAUGUCCCUGAGCUGAGCCGCAGGGAACACGCAGAGCUGAGACGCAGGACCCUCCUCCUCCUCUAUUACUUGGUGCGGUCGCCAUUUUACAACAGAUACACAGAAAUUCGGUUGCUCCUCCUCCUGCGCCUUCUAGGGGAUUAUGUCCCAGGACUCGGGCUGGUGGCACGUCCCCUCAUGGAUUACCUACCCGUCUGGCAGAAGAUUUACUUCUAUAACUGGGGCUGAGGGCGGCCUGCCCUGGUACACUGUCGGCAGCUGGGCGAUGCUUGGGAAUAUCACACAAGCAGGACAGAGCAUGGAUCAUCCCCAGUACUACGUUACUUGUCACCUGAUUACUGCUGAUCACAUGGGACAACAUGGCCAACGGUCAUACACUGAACUGUGACUUUUAUUUUUGUUUUUUUUUAGCUUCACAGCAAAACUGACUCCCAGGUGACAUCCUGCCCUGUCACAUGACCAAAACCUUACCUGCUAACCUCCUAUUCUACCUCCUGUGACGGUAUUGUCACUGGAUCAUGGGACUCUGGAACAGCCUUUCUCAACCUUUUUCCCCAGAGAAACCCCCUUAAAUAAUUUUCAGGUCUUGGAGGAACCCUUACUAAAAC